UGCACUGAUCUGUGGACAUGGAGAGAAAGGUGUGUUUUUCGCUCUUCGCAGUUGGGCUGUGUGCGAUGCUGAACUCUGCUCAAGCCCAAACUAUAGCGUCGUACUCGGAGGUCGGCGGCACCCUGAGCCUGAGCCCGCCGUUCUCUGAGGUUAUAACCAGCAUCCUGUGGAAACAUGACGGUAACCUGGUGGUUGAGUGGGUGAGAAAUGAGAUGGAUUACUACGGCAAAUUUGUUGGCGUCGCAACCCUGAACACAACCACUGGACGUUUGGAAAUUAAAAACAUGAGUGAAGAUUACGCGGGGUUGUACACGGUGGAGAUCAACAACCAGGUCCAGAGUCAGAGUUACAAUGUUUCAGUAAUCAAGGAAGUGCCCAGGCCUGAUGUGGCGUUCAAACCACUGGCAUGUUCCCCUGCCUUGGACAACUGCAUCCUGACCUGUGGUGGAGACACCUCAGAGGCUGGACCUGUCACCUACAGCUGGAGGGAGGGAGACGGAGGGUGGAUACAGGGGGAAAAGGACAAGAGCAUCAAGAAUGAUGACGAGACGAAAAGGGUUAAAACCUUCUCCUGCCAGAUGAAGAACCCACUCGGUGUGGAAGACAGUGAACCCCACCCUAAUCCAUUCUUCUCAGUUGAACCUCCAACCUGGCCUGAAGUUUUGCACCUUGUCUUAAAGAUCUUGGUGAUGAUGACACUCUUUGGGACUAGUGGAUACUUAGCGUGGCGAGAACGAGAGACUGUCAGGAAACUGAUCUGUCCUCGUCAAGAUGGAAAUGGUAAAAUCUGA